CUGGGUGCUUGGCAUUCAGCCAAGAGCACACUUAUCUUCCAAGAUACCCCUUAAAUACCUUUUACAUCAGCCUGUUGCAUAUUCAUAGACUCAUGCAUAUUUGUAUUUCUCCAUAAACUAGUUUACCUGUUCCAGGAACUAUUAUGCAUGGCCCCUGCUUGGGUUUGCCUUUUUAGAGCAGGCAUGUUUCUUGGCGGUGGUUUUGGUCCCUUCUCUUUACCACUUCUACUUUGGGCCUUGGUCCAUACCUUCUUCAGAUGGCAGAUGCUGAUAGCUGGCAUAUCAAUAGCAGGGGCCUCAUGACAUGUUCACUGGAUGUUAUCUCAACCAAACAGACAGUUCACCCCUAACUAUAUCAGCUACCGCUACUACUAUGUCUAAGUUUUUGUUAAUAGCAGAAAUAAAAGCAAAGUUAUUUUAACGUUGCACAUGUAGCAUUCAUCUUAAUAUUUGCAAAAAGCCAACAAUAUAAUAUGUAUUUAUCACAUAUCCAAACGAAACCACGGCAGGUGCAACAUGAGGCCAUUUGCCAUUAUCCUGUCCCACGUUCGCUGGGAGCAGAGCCUAACACCCGCCCGUCUGCACUCACAGAGUUCAACAUUUUUUUCUGUCUCAGUUAUGGCAAAGCCAUAAAGGCUAGCUGAUCCCAAAAUCCUCCAAACCCUUGUUCUCAUAACAGCUGUCAUCUCUCCGGGGGUGGGCAGGUAAGGUCACUGACCCAGCAGAGAAACAAUAAUACUGUAAUAGAAGGUUUGCUGCCAGCUGUUAGCUGAAGCAGGUUCCCGCAGAGCUGGAGCCGCAGGGCCAGCCCAGGGCAGCGUGUGGGGGCUCGGAUCCGCUUCCAGGGCUGCCAUCAGCUGGCAGGACUGAGCCUUUGAGCCAAGCCUGAACGAGGAGAGACAUUUAACAUCUCAUUUGGGGGCACUAGCAGAGAUGAGAACAGCUCAAAGCGCGUGUGUGCUUCAGUCUCAGAGCGAAUGGCCCCGCUGUAGGCUCUGCCGGCAGCCCGGCUGGCACAGCGCAGCACCAGCCCCCGCAGGGAUCGAGCUGGCGCUUCCAGGCCUGGAGGGCACCUGUAGGGACGGCAGCGCUGCCUCUGGUGAGGCUUCUCCUCCAUGCUGUGGCACGGGUGUGACCAGCCAAGCCCGGGCCGUGCUCCGGGACGGGACACAGCUCUGUGCCCUGAGGUGACGCGGCUCCCAUGGCCCUGGAGCGCGGCUGCCCCGAAAGGGUUACGAGACGAGCUCCGCCCUUCCUGUACAUCGGCGUCCUCCUGGGUGACCUUCCCGGCAGCCCUUGCUGGCUCUGCCCCAACCAAACAAAGGCGACGGGAGGUUUUCAAACAGCCGCUUCCCUGAAAGUUGGCUGCGGUAGAGCUGGGCUGCGCUGGCACCUGGCUGGUGCCGGCCACCGGAGAACGCGGCAGCGAGUUGGUGCCGUCGCCUGAGAGGACCCCGGCAGCCGUCGGGAGUCCCUGUACAGGACGGUGUCAUCUCCAGACCCAAGGGCAGGCUCUGCAGCACCAGAAACACAUGGAGUUUCUACAGUUUUGCUUGCUGUGACCUUCUGGGCCACCAGGGAAACACAAUGGAGUCCUGCCAGCUUCGCGCGACGAACCAUCACUUGCCAGGACUCUCUCCAGGCUUCCUGAGACACUGAGUUGCUGCUUGAGGUCCUGACUGCUUCUGAUUCCUCACUGUGCUGCUGGCAGGGUGGGAUUGAUGUCCCGUUUGGGACACUGGGCAGAGCCAAGCCCAUUGCCAUCCUCUGUGCCUUUGGCAGACUGGGGGACCAAGCUGGAUCCCUCUCUCUAAAGGGGUUCCAAGUGAGCAAGGGACAGGCUUGGGGCUGUCCACAUUCACUCUGGUGGGAAGAGCCACCUCCUUCACCCUUUCCACUUGGGAACCGUGUCACUGCUGGGGAUGGCACCACAUGGACGCAGAGCAAGGGUCAGCAGCCUGGCAGCACGGCACUAGCUGAGCCUGAGCACCAUCACAGGGCACGGAGCUGCCCGGGGGGUGCCAGCAUCCCUGGCACGGGUGCACUCCGGGGAUGUAGUGCCGGGCGCAGGAGGAGCUCCGGCACGAUGGGCCGGCUGGAUGACCAUGCCAAGAGGAGGAUCGUGGAGCUGCGCAGGGCUGGGCUGAGCUUCCGCAAGAUCAAGAAGGUGCUGGAGCUGGAUGACAUCCGAGUGACGCCGCAGGCCGUGUACCUCUUCCUCAAGAGGAAGAGUGUGGAGCCGGGGUCAGCAGCAGCUGGCUGGGAUGGGGACCAGCCCUGGCAGGGGCACGAGGCUGAGCUCCCCAGGCUGCUGGGCACCCGGCACCCUGCACUGCCCACCGGGGAUCCUGUGGGCAGCCAGGACACCAAGGAAGGCAUCCAGAUUGUCAGCGUGGCCUCACUGUGCAAGGACGGUGGGCAGCUUGGGGACACUUUGGCUAUGGGGCUGGCCCCUGGAAAUGGUGAUGACAGCUCCACAGGCACAGCCCUGGCUCCAGGGACUGCUCUGAGGGGCCUUGCCCCCCUGCCCCAGACACUGCCCAGCCAAGGGCAGCUGGUCACACCCCCCACCCAGAACUCAGCUCUGAUGGUGAAAAAGAAGACAGUGGACAGGGCUAUCCUCCUGCAGAAAAAGGUUAAAGAUGCCAGCACUCAGACUGCCGUGCCAGACUCUGUGGGUCUGGGCAAUCACAGCCUUGCUUGCAGUGGAGCAGUGUCCCUGCCUGCUCCCAGCUGCCCUGCCAUCGCCGAGAAGCUGGAUGCUGUGCAGCUGGAGGUGCAGAAGCUGAGCCAGGCCCUGCAUGCGGUGCUGGAGCGGCAGUGCCACCUGGAGCGCCAGCAGGAGCAGCAGCAGCGGCUGCAGCAGGAGGUGCUGGUGACACUGCAGCAGCUCAGCUCCACCGUGAGCCACAGCACUGUGCCUGCCACCCAGCCCUGUGGGCCUUUCAGCAGCAUGGCCGAGCCCUCGCCCAGCAUGCCAAACUUCAGCCAGUUCAAGAUGGAGCUGAUCUGAGCUCCCACAAGGCCUGUGUGUGCCAGCAGGCCUGUGCUAAUGGAGCCAGGAGGAAGAACCAUCUCUCAGAGGCUGCCCAAGGAUUAAGGUCCAUGCAGCGCCCAGCAGAUAAGGUCCCUGGUGCCUCAUCUUCCCAGCCCUGCUGACUGGAAGGGGCUGCCUGGCACAAGAGGCUGGACAGUGGAAGGCUGAGGCCUUGCUCCUCCUGUGCUGCUGAUCCUGGCUGGCACUGGAGCUGGCUGGGGCCCAUGGACCUCAGGAGAACGCAGUUGCCUGCAAGGAGAGGAUGCAGCUAACAUGGACACAGCAGGGAGGUGGGACUCCAGGGGUACAGGAUGCUUCCUUCUCUUAUGGAUCAAUGCCACGAUGAUCAAUCUUGCCCUUCCCUCCACAGGAGCUUGUUCAGUAAAAAUCUGUCUACAGCACGGUGCAGAA